CGAAUGCCGCCGCACAAGCUUUGAGAUAUGGUUAUGGACAGAGAUGGAGAUGGUGGGAGAUGUAUGCGAUCAGCAAGACACAGAGCGUAUACGCCAUUCAUCUCUUUGACGCUGCAGGGACUCCUUAUUGUGUUCGCACCGCUCGUCGCCCUCGGGAAAAUCAGGAACAGGGACGGCGUAUAGCUGGUAACAAGCGCCGGAAAGUAGAUGGCCUUGGGGUCUUCCAGCGUUGUGUGAGGAAGUAGUUCAGACAUGACAUGUCAGCGGCCCCUUUGCUCUCCUUCAUGGCAAGAUCAGGCCAUCAUGCCGCCUUGCAAACCGCCCCAUAAUAUUGACCAAAGAUGGAGGUGUACGUGUUUAUGGGUAAUCGAGGAUGGAAGCAUUCUGCGGCAAAAGAGCCCAACAGUCGCAUUGCACCUAUAUUCUUGGUCAAGCGGCUGCCUGGUUGUGGUCUUUGACGGCGGAGGGAGCGAACUGACGGCCACUAAAGCGAAUUUGCAGGAGAAAAAGGACGAACACACAGUGACUUUGGUUCCUCAAACAGCGGUAGAGGUACUCGCUGGCCUGGGUACGUCUCAAAGCCGAGCCAAACAAACAACACUAUGGAUGUCGGCGCAAACCCCUGAGCCAGCGGUAGAAGUACUCGCUGGGUACGCAAUCAGCGAACUUGUUCCGAAUACGUUCAAUCGCACAUUGGUCAGGCGGUUCGUCAAGUCGAACCCUUUCCAAGCCGACCAUCUCUGCCUGAACAUCAUCGACAUCGAUUUCGAGACGCACCGGACAAGACUCGGCAGAACAAAAUGGUCCUCGACGAGAUGGGCUCUGACGAUGGUGGUCCUUGGGCCUAAAUCGGUCUGAAAGACGCCUAGGGUUGGUGAAAUCCAUAGUUCAAUCGGAAGAAGGUGGCGAAUAUAGCAUCACGGUGUUUGUCAAAUGGCAGGUAAUUGGUCACGACCUCUC